CCUUGCGAAGUAAUAACCACCCAAUGACCUCAUCGCCCUACCGGAAGUCUCUUUUGAAACCGUCCAAGCGUGGUUGUAAUGAUCCAAAGCAUGCUCGGGUUCGACAUCACCUAACAAGCACCACAACUUUGCUUCCCGAGCAGCAUCUAAGCCUUCCGUCCUUCCAGGAGAUCCCGAACCAAUGCAAUAGCCUUGUCUUUUCUUUCCAUGCUCUGCCAGCACAACACGGCUUCCUCCCACAUCUCCAAACGUUCGAAUAUUUCCAGAGCCGACUUCACAACUCCGAGAGAUAAAAAACGCUUCGCCAGUUCCUUCUCCAUCUCCCAUUUACUGGGAAGCAGUAAAUCAUGGAUGUACAGCAAACGUUCCGAUACCGAAGAAUCCGCUGUAGGCAUCUGAUCGACAAGUGCUUGCAAUUGCAGGGUUGAUCGUUCAACUGUACGGGUGCGGUUGGCUUCGAGGCGGGAUCGGAGCAGAAGAGCCAUGGUGUGGAUAGACCAAUUUCUUGGGUGCGAGAUAACGCGUGAAACAUAGGCGGACAUCUGUUCCGCAGUGAGACCAUGAGCGGGAGAGGUAUUCUUUAUGUUCAAGCACAACGCAAGGAGAAUACAUUGGUCCAGUGGAUGAAGAGCAGGCUGUGCGGAAGGGUCAAGUUCACGUAAUCGAGCAUUUGUACCAAUGGAAGUU